AGUAGCUACCUUCAAAGUAAAUAAAUAUAGACCUAAUUUGGUCUACAUUAAUGGUAAAUUUACAUUUGACCCAAUUUUCAUAAAUAAAUAAUACAUAUAAAAGAUUAGAUACAAGUACAAAAGCAUGAAAAACGCAGUAUAUAAAAAAACAUGCAACUGUUAUUAAAGGUAAGCAUUGUUUUUAUAUUACUACAUGAAUUUAAUUAAAUAUUUUAUAAAAAACACUUAAAACACUAAUUAAAAUAUACAUUUUCCUAUAGAUGUAAAAAUAUUAGAACUUGACUUAUAGGUAAUACCAUUAUCUCUGGUAGCUAUUCAGUUGCUACUUGUACAAUUGUGCACCAGUACUACUUUAACAUCUAACCAAAAUGGGGAACUAUCCCGAGAAAAACGUUUCAUAAACAAUACCGCAUGGACUAAUGCCAACAGGACCACCUUCAUACCUUGGUGGCUCUUCACUUAUCCUCCUCUGCCUCCAGCACCUUCACCGCCACCGCCACCACCGUCCCCGUAUACAUUUUUUGACUACCAGCCUUUAAAUUUAAGUUAUCCACGCUGGUUCUUUGGAUAAUCCAUAAUAAUUUAUUCUUUAAUAUUUUAAAAUACUAAAAAACAGUAAUAAUUAUUGGUUAAAAAAUUAAAUUGUAAAAUUAUUAAUCUUUUUAAUUUUCUGUUUAUUUUAAUAGAUUCAUGUUACGGAUGUUUUAGUAACAACAACCAACGAGUUAAUAUCUAGUUUAAAAUUUUAAAUAAUCGGUCUGCAAACAAAACCAAUGAUGAAAUGUAUAUUACCGAUCCUAAUAGCCACGUUUCUGGCAAAACUUGCAUAUUCAGCACCUGAAGAAAAACUAACCACACCUGAACCAAACACGACACACAUAUUAAACGUUACAUCUACUGAAACAGUUAGUAGUGAAAAGCCUUCAAUAACAUCAAACACCACUGAAGGAAAACCCAAAAAAAAUAAUUUACAUGAAAAUACGACUCUACUACCAAUAGUGGUGAACCGAGAUCAGAUCAUCGAAGCCAUAGCAAAGUUGCCCAAUGAUGUAAAAUUAGUAGCUAUACUUUUAAUAGAACCACCAGAGAAAGGUCCUGUACAACAUCAACAAUUUCAGGGUAACGUCCCGUAUCACACUCCAGGAAAUAAUUAUGCUCAGUACGGUCCCAAUAGAAGUCCCGGAAAUCAGUUUAGACCGUCUCCAUAUUAUGGACCAUAUGCUAACAGUUUUGGUGACAAUCAACCUUCAUAUAACCCUCCAUUCAAACCAUCACAAUAUUUAGGGCCUUCUUAUAGUGAUGAAGAGAAUCAAUAUUAUGGCCCUUACGAUGACGGUAGCAAUAUUCAAUACGGUCCCCGAUAUUCUGUGUCCAAUCAAGACAGUGACGGAGAAACUUACUAUGUUCCUACUUAUAAUGGCCCCCCUGAAUAUCAUGAUCCGAUAUCAUAUUCAUAAGCUUAAUUUGAACAAAUACAAUUUUUUUUAAACAUACCAGUCCCUCGUAAUAUUUUAUUAAAUGUAAAUACUGCAACAUGUAACAAUUAGUCUUUUAUUUCAAUACACAAUAACUAACACAAAAAUGAAUAUAUUACUCAAGUCCAAUAGAUAUAAUGUAAAUUUAAUGUAUGUUAAUUAGUAAGAUUUUAAAAUGACUGUUACUGUUCCCACCUGUACGGGUGUCGCAACAAUAAAUAGUUCUUUGACAAUCAGAAUCGAAUCAUUUAAAAUUUAAAAUAUUCUUGUGUACUUAAUCUGGUGAUGGCAUCAAACAAGCAAUAUGCGAAUCUCUUUUAAGGUUUCAUUCCUUUUGGUUUUGGCUACUCUUGGUCUGACUUCUCCUUUAAACGAUAUUGAAGUUACCAAUCAACCGUCAGUAGUGACAUAUACAACAACAAACUUUAAACCAGCGGAAUCCAAAACUGAAUUAAUUUCUCUUGACAGCACAGACCAUGAUAUCCCACCAGAUGCUGAUAAAUUUGAUCCAUCGCAAUGGAAAGGACCGUUUAAGGUAAUCAUUUUCGGCCCACACGGAAAAGCAAUAGACUACGAUUCCAACCAGGAAGUUUACCUAUAAAUUUUUUA